AGUCCUCCAUCACUUCCUUGGUUUUCUUUAAGGAGCCAUCAAGAUUAGUUCCCAAUGAGAAUUCUCUCUGUUUUUAGAGGAGCACUUCUGUGCUUAUUUGUUUCUUUGGUGUUUGCUGCCUCUUUCAGCUAUGGCGAUGAUAAGACACAAGAUGUAGUUGAUCAGCCAUUGUUCUUUGGUGCUAAAGUGUUUCCUCCACUGCCUCCCAAAGUUUACCCUCCUCAUGUUCCCAUUUUUAAGAAACCACUUCCUCCGCCGAUACCCAUUUUUAAGAAACCACUUCCACCGCCAAUACCCAUUUUUAAGAAGCCACUUCCACCGCCGAUACCAGUUUAUAAGAAGCCACUUCCGCCUCCAAUACCAAUUUACAAGAAACCAUUGCCUCCUCCAAUACCAAUUUACAAGAAACCACUUCCACCACCUAUUCCGAUUUACAAGAAACCAUUGCCGCCGCCGAUUCCAAAAUUUGAGAAACCACUUCCACCUCCUAUUCCACUUUUUAAGAAACCACUGAUCCCAAUAUUCAAGAAGCCACUUCCACCUCAUAUUCCAAUAUUCAAGAAGCCACUUCCACCUCAUAUUCCAAUAUUCAAGAAACCUAAACCACCAGUAUUCUACAAGCCUAUCCCUCCCAUCCCAAAGAUCCCUCCAUUUCAUCACCAUAAGAAGCCAUUUCCUCCUCUUCCCAAGCUUCCUCCUCACCCAUAGACCUCUUGCCACCAUUUAUAAGUUAUUAUGCAGUAUCCUUGCAAGGCACAAGUAGGAUAUGAACAUCACUGUUUGAUUCUUACUCUUGCUGGUAUAUAUAAAUUAUUAUAAUAAAGGCUUCUACGUAAUGAAUGGUUUCUUAACUAGAUUCCCUUCAUGUGUGGUUUGAAAAUUAAGGUUGUCCUUUAAUCAACUACACAUGGAAAUAAAUAUAACAGCAAUUUCAUGUUACUUUCAUUCUGUAAUUUCCAAAUUAGUAAAUUGCUAUAUUAUGGUCUGUUGCUA